GCGGACAUGGCUGCACGCUACAACGGCCUGCCCAGUCUCGUGGAUUCCGACUCGGCUUUCGCCAAGCCAGCCUCCCUUAGCCGCGACUCUAUCUUGAAGCUCAUGGCCCCUAUCUUUGCCAAGUGGAAUUAUAAGCAUGGUCUCGCUCUCGUCCAUAGGCACUGCGAAAUCAAGCCGGAGGAGAUCAUGCUGGCCACCGGGGAUGUCUGCCAGCCGGCGAACGUCUCCAAGGCCGGGGAGUUUUAUCCCGAGCGUUGGCUCUCCAACGGAAAGCCAUACGAAUUCACCACGCGACCUACGGUUCCACCGCUUGCGGAGCUCUUGGCCGAAUUCCUGCCACUCGCCAAGGCGGCAGGCCUGGAGGACGUGCUUGGUAUCUAUCACAUCGACGAGGGUAGUAAGCCAGGCGGGGCGGGCGGGUUGUGA